AUGGAAAGUUUUUCAGUAGAGAAAAAACGUCUAAUGGCUCAACCCCGUAUUGAGAAAUCUGUGGAACUCGUUCAAGCCAACCUAAUAAUCGAAGAAAAAGAAGUCGUUAAGGAACUCGAUCAAGAUGUUAUUAAUCAGGAAGAUGAAGUGUUGAAAUCCCAUGUUCUUGAAGCAGAGGCAUCUCCAGAAAAAGAGGCUGAAGUUAGUCGGCCUGAUGUUUCCAGAUUUGUGGGGGAACCCUCAAAAAACAAGGAAUCAGAGAAAAGUUCCUCAUCUGAGGGGAAACAAGCCAAAAAUGUUGUAUCUUCCAAGCCUCUACCAUUUCCUAGUAUCACUGCUACAAAUAUUCAUGAUAAUAUUCUCAACCCUUAUUAUGAUUUAGGAAAGUUGUCCGAUAUAGUUAACAAGGUUUGUGAAGAAGUUAUGGAAGAAGAAGAAGAAAAAUAUGAAAGUGAGUUAGAGAAGGAUGGACCCGAGCUGUCCAUACAUGUUCAUACCCACAUCAGUCCUAUUCAGACCGCUCCAACAGAUUCUCAAGAGAUUUCAUCGAACGAGGGAUCAUCUGCUGUUGAUGACUCAGAAAUCAAACAAGGAGAAUUUGCUGAUCUUCAUAUGACUCAAAAUGAGAUGGAGCAAACAUUGAAGAAGAACACGUAUGAAGUUCAUAUCGUUAACAAAUCUUACUCCAAAUUUGAGAAGAAUUUCUUCAAACAGCAAUCCAAGUUGUUUGACUGCGAAAGAGAAAACAACAUAGAAAUGCACAAUGAAGUUAUGGAUGCGAUGAGUCUGCUUCGAUAUCAGUUGGAAGAAGAAAAUGCAAAGGCUGCUACCGAGAAAGAGAAGAAUCUUAUCACUCAAGGUGAGGACAAUAGUGGAAGAAGAGGUAGUAGUGUCUCAACAGGCACCAGGUCCAAGCGAAAGCCAAUCGGUGAUGAUAGCGACAGACCAAAUAAAAGAGGCCGAGGUCGCAUCAGUGAUCGCGGUGGUAGAAGCACUGGAAGCGAUCGUGGUGGUAGAAGCACUGGAGGUGAUCGUGGUGGCCGAAAUGGUGGAACCGGUCGAGGUGGUCGUUCUCUUCCUCCUUUUCGCAAUCUCUUGACAGGUGAAGAAAUGAGCGGUGAAGGACUCAACUACCCAAUCGACCCACUCAUAAAAAGAGAAGAACAAUAA